GAUGCGGAUGUCGCCCUCAAUGAGGAUACCAGGUCGGUCCUCCUCUUGGGCGCAAAAGCUCAGACUAUAAAAAGCGUCUCAGCUUACUGCGAUUUCGACCAACUGGGGAUUUCGAUUGAUAGCUUUGGGCAUAAUAUCACCAUCCUCGACAUCCCGACCAUUCGAUUCACUCUCCGGUGGACUGUUCAGCUGAUAAAAGUAUUGCCCUUUUUACGACGGAUGGCAACUGGAAUCGAGAUCACCGAUGAGCUGCGUAGCGCUGACCAGACGCAUAGCAGGUGCAUUGGCAAGUGCCGCCAUAGCUGGGGAUUGGACGAUCUAUCCAGUGGUGGCACAGAGGGGCUGGUGGAUACAGAAACAGACAAGGGCUUGGAAAAUACCAGUAACGAAGGCAGCGGCUAUUCACAAGAUAGUUAUGACCGGUAUUACAACGGUGGCUGCAGCUGUGACGAUCUCCUUUGUGAGUUCCUGUUCGACCAUUUGGAUAUUGUCUACUCAGAAAUGGAUUUCAUGGAUGAGAUCUAUACAGAGUGCUACCCUCUGUCCAAUACUCUGGAUAUUUUGGACAAAGAACCCUACAAGAGCGAGCCGAUGGCUAAUUCGAAGAUGAUUGCCAUUCUAGUCGCACUCUGCCCAAGCAUUCAGCGUGACCAAACCAACUGGUUAACGAACCAACGCCAUGGUGAUUCCUUGCUUGCACUAGAUAAAUUUAUACCUCGAGCUGAGGUGGAAGAAACAAGGCACCAUGCAAGCUUUAUGCAUCGUCUCGAGCGUGUAGGCUCUGCUAUUCUAUAG